CAUUGCGUUCUGUGGAUAGUGAUUUCCCUCCCUUCUGCUUCUCCGCUCUCUCUUUUUUUUUCGUGUCGUCUGCAGCAGUCUUGUCACCUUCUGCUUGGGGCUCACUGUCGCGACUUUGUUGUAAAAACAAAGAUAACUUAGGAUGUGAGCAAUGUCCCCCGCCGUCGGAUGGGGCACAAAGCAACGCGCAACUUCGUUUUAUUUGUCGUUAAAUCUUAACAUGUGAUAUUUGCGAGGUGUAGCCCCAUUCUUGCCACGAGUAUUAAGACACCAACCUAUCUGUGAUACUAUUUUAAUCCGUCAUGAGGUUGUUUACGUUUGUGUUGCGCAAAAGCGCGAAUCUUAAAUUAAACCCCUCAGAUUCAACUGUCAAAAAUGGAUUUUUAAAAGGGGCUUUUGGUAAAUAUCUUCUUGUGACAAACACACUUUCAUCUGGCAUUCUAAUGGGUCUCGGAGACUAUUGCCAACAAAGAAUUGAGAUUUAUCAAGCAACUACAGACAAGAAGUCAUUUGACAUUACAAGAUCAGUCAAUAUGUCAACUGUUGGACUGGGUCAUGGUGUGUUUCAUCACUUUUUUUACGGGUGGAUUGACCGAAAAUUUCCUGGGACAACAUUGAGAAAUGUAGUUCGAAAAAUUUUUGUGGAUCAGCUGAUAGCCUCUCCAGCAUGCAUGUACAUAUUUUUUAUUGGAAUGGCAAUCAUGGAAAAGAGAGGGUAUGAAUCAGGAUGGCAAGAAAUUAAAAGCAAAUUCCUGUUCUGUUAUAUGGUUGACUGGAUUGUCUGGCCUCCAAACCAAUUCAUUAACUUCUAUUUUCUGCCACCCAAGUACCGAGUUAUUUACAUCAACACUCUGACAAUGAUUUAUGAUAUAUUUCUAUCAUACAUUAAAUUUUAUGAUCAAAUUGAAGCACCAAAGGAACUGAAAUAGUUCUUGCACUGUUGAUUUGGUGUGUUUAGUCAUGUGAUGCUACGAUAUAUGGAGAAGAUGAGCAGGUUACCAAAGUAAUGAUAUUUAGAUAAUAGAUGUUCAAGUUUUCAUUCAAGUACUAUUGAUAAAAAUACACAUACAAAACAUUAACAGUGAAUUAAAUAAUAACAAUAUAAGGUUAAUACUGUGAGAUGAAUACCCAUAGCUGUCUUUCUACUUUAGCAUAAAUUUUGAUUUUGAUUAAACUUGAAUGUCUUAUUGACACAAUGAAAAGCAUUUUGCCAAGGUGAGCUGUUUCUUGAUGUAGUACAUGUCUUCAGCGUAAAUCAGAUAGAUGCUUGCUCAUGAUGUUUUAAAAAUUACUUGUGAUGACAGAAUAAAAAUUAUUUGUUGGA